AUGUCCCAAACCGCAACCCUUUCUCAGCCCGAGAAACGGACCGUCACCCUGCAGAACGGCACCGUCUUCAGUUUCAACUCCAACACCGCCACGAGUCUCGAGAAGAUCCCCGUCAUCGAUGCGUCGGGUAUCUGGAGCGACGACAUCAAAGAGCGGAAGGCCGUCGCGGAGCAGAUCAGAGAAGCCUCGAAGAACAUCGGCUUCUUCUACCUCAUCAACCAUGGCAUCGAUCAGAGGUUCGCCGACAACACCAUGAACGAAGCGAAACGCUUCUUCGCUCUGCCAGAGGAGAAGAAGAUGGAAGUCUUCACCGGGCUCGUCCCCAACGAGUACGUGGGUUUCCAUCCCAUGGAGUGCUACAACCGAAACGGCUGGAAGCACCAAGACCUGAGCGAAGCGUUCAACUGGGCGUACGACGCGCGAGAAGACCCCGAGGCGGUGGACAAGGACGAAAAGUCCGUCAGCAUCUGGCCGUCCGACCUCCCGGGCUUCCGCGAGAACCUCUACGCCUACCACACGGAGCUCCUCCGCCUCUCGCGCCGGCUGACCCGCAUCUUCGCCCUCGCCCUGCGCCUGCCGGAGGACUACUUCGACCAGUACGUCAAGAGGCCUGAGGCGGGCAUGCGCAUCCUGCACUACCCGGAGCAGAAGCACUCGGUCGACGACCAGAACGGGAUCGGCGCGCACACGGACGUCGAGUGCUUCACCAUCGUGACCCAGGACGCCUCGGGCGGGCUGGAGGUGCUCGGCAAGACGGGCAACUGGGUCAGGGCGGAGCCGAUCCCCGGCUCGUUCGUGGUGAACAUCGCGGACUGCUUCAUGCGGCAGACGAACGACUUCUUCGUCUCGACGAUCCACAGGGUCAUCAACAAGAGCGGGAACGAGAGGUAUUCGGCGCCGUUCUUUUUCGGGUUCGAUAGGCAGAAGGUGCUGGAGCCCGUGCCGACGUGCGUGAGCGAUGAGAACCCGAUGAAGUAUCCCAUCAUGACCGGAGGCGAGUACUAUCAGUGGCGGACGAAUAAGCAGAAGCAGACGAACACGAGGAAUUCAAAGGCGGACCGGGAGGGUUGA